GAAUAGAAUUUGCCUCAUUAAUACACCAAGAAAUACAGCGUGAAAGACAAGCAUGGAGUACUCAGUAGCCGGGGCACCUCCAAGCCUCUCCGGCGGCCCCAACGGGCCGCAGUCCGGGGACCGAUGCAACCAGUUUCAGAUGCCGCUGCACUACCCUCGGUAUACGAGAGCCGACUACGAGACGAUGCCGGAAUGGAAGGUCGAUUGUUUGCUUAAAGAGUACGGCCUGCCGAUCACCGGAGAUGUUCAUCAGAAGCGGAAGUUCGCCAUGGGGGCCUUCCUGUGGCCUCAUUAGAAACGAGUUUUUAACUUGGCAGUAGUGUCGUUUCUGGGUGCAGUGUUUUCUUGUUGGUUUCUUCCAAUUUGGUUGAAUAAGUACUCCUGAGAGAAGACCAAAAUUGAAGGGAUCAGCAUCAAAGUCACAUCUGAAAACGGCGACGCCAUUAUCCCUAGGGAGUUGUUGUGUAGUCAAGUCGGUUUUCGUGGUUGUAAUGCCAUUAACUAAUAAAAAUGAAAUUAUGUACGUACAUCUCUCAAUCUCUCAUCUUCUGCUAGAGCCGCCGUGUGCAGAGCCCAUGAUUUCUAGUGUGGAAUUCACAAUUUGGUAUUCUAUUUCUAUUUCUAU